GGCAGAGGCAGGCGCAGGCGGCGUGGAGGAGGAGGAGGAGGAGCAGGACCCGCACUGGCCGCACUUUGAGGCGUUGCAGGGUUCUGAAUUCUUCGCUGCCAUCGCGGGAGAUCCGCUGCUUGCUGCGGGUGCUGGGGAGGGGCAGGAGGAGGAGCGGGCCGAAGGGGCGGCCGACGGUGGAGGAGAAGAGCAGCGGCUGGGGGGCAAGGUAUACUUUACAGUGUUCGAGCCGCGUCUGGAGCACCUCCGCUGGCGGGACCCCUCCUCCGCCGCCGCCGGCACCCGAAGCAAUCGCCGUGGCAGCAGCCGUCCUGGCAAGGGGGGGAGCAACCCCUACAGCGACGCAUCCGCCGCCGCCGCCGCCGCCGCUGCUGCUGCUGCUGCUGGUGGUGAGGCGGAGGCGGGCCCUUCACAUGCCUUCGUGUACACGUUCUGGUUCUUUUACCCCUUCAACGGCUGCUCCAACCAACUCAUGGCCACUCGGUUCGCCGGCCGACAGCAGGGGGCGGAGUACUUCCUGUGUCCGCUGGGGGUGCAUGAAGGCGACUGGGAGCAUGUGAAGGUGUACGUGUGCCAGGACGGACUGGCGGCGGCCGCAGACGACCCAGCUGCCGACCCCUCCGCCGCCAUCGCAGCACUGCAGUACAGCCAACAUACCUGGCUGCCAACGUACGACUGUACGGCAGGCGAGUGUUCCUUUGCCCGCGACCCCUCCUCCGGCCAGCUGCGCCCCCGCGUGUAUGCCGGCCUGCACAGCCACGCCAACAGCCCCACCACCAGCAACCUGCAUGUGUAUGCAAAGAUCAACUUCAAGCAGCUGCUCAACUUCGACGGCAUCUACGUGGCGGACCGCUUCUCCCCCUCCGGCCCGCUCUUCGUGCCCUCCCCCGCCAACACGCGCUGGCUGCCCUUCCCGCAUGAGGCUGAGGCUGGGGAGGAGGAGCGGGGCAAGGAGCUGGCGUGGACGGCAUACAUGGGCAACUGGGGUGUGCCGCUCACCUCCCCCAACUUCUCCCUCACCUGCCUCACCGCCAACCUCACCUCCGCGGGCCCCUGCGACAUGCGCAACCCGCCCGUGUUCAUCCUGGACCGCCUGCUGGGCGGGGUGGGGGUGGCGCCGCAGGACAUGAGCUGGGUCCCCGUGCUGUCCCCCAAGCGUGUGGCCCCCGAGCUGUCGGAGCCCAUCAGCGGCCCGCUGGUGCGCCGAGCCGCCUCCGCAGCCUGGGAGCGGGAGCUGCUGGCGCCGCUGUGGGACGACCGGGAGCCGCUGCCCGGGCUGGGGGGCCUCAGUCUGGCGGCACUGACACGCGACACGUCAUCCCUAGCCUGUCCCCUGUCAGAGGAGCCCCGCCGCGGCUCAGCGGGCGCCGGCUGGGGACCCGCGGCCUACAGCAGCUACCUGACCGGCGGUGACGGAGUUGACCCACGGGUCACUCGGCGGCUGCGAUUGUUCGUUGCAGCCGCCUCGCUUGCGGUGGUUGCGGCGGCGGCGCUGAGUGCGCUGGUGGUCAAGUGCAUGCCACUGAUCCUGGCGCCGCACCACCAGCACCCCCCGCACCACGAUCACCACCGCCACCGGAGCCACCAUCACCAUUUACAUCACCAGGACGACGCAGCAGGCACCACGACAACGACCCCGCAAGGUGCGCGUACGUACGGCCUCGUGUACGGCAGGAGCUGCCAAGAUCUAGCGGCGUCGUACGCCGCAGCCCUGCUGUACGACAAUGAGGGAGCGGGUACGGAGUCGGACGUGCUGCAACCUCAGCAACGACAUGCCGACAGGGCGUUCAGCAACAACGGAAUUGCGAGCGGGCAGACGCGGAGACAACAACAGCAGCAGCAGGAGGAGGGUCCUGCCGGGGCACCUGCAGUGGAGACAGUGACCCGAGAAGGGCGUGGUAGUGCUGAUGGCCGCCGGGGUACCAGAGGCACCAAGAAUGGAUCCACCUCUUCUUGUUCGUCCUCAUCUCAAUGGAACGACCGUUUUAGCUCGUACGGCACAAGCGAGGACGAGAGCUAUGAAGGGGAGGACGCCUCAAGGCCGUUACUCGGCGGCGCCGGGGGCGAGGAGUCUCAGCCGUUACUGCCGCCGGUUUCCACCUCCGGCCGAGGCGGUGGCGGCGGUACGACGGAUGAGUACGAGUACGACAAUCAUGCUAGCGAACACGGCAGCGACCAUGGCCUAGAGUACGACAAGCGCAGUCUCCUCCGUCGGCCCUCCCGUAGUUUCAGCCUUGGCAGCGGCAGCGGCGGGGGCGGCGGUGGUAGCAGGCGGAGCGGCCUGCGUCAGCGGGUGGUUGAGGGGGUUCGCGCGGCGGGGGCAGCGGUGCUGCGGCCGCUUCGGGCGAUGGUGG